CUCAAUCUUUAUUACUGCUGCGGCAACUUCAUUCUAGUAGAAAAAACUAAUCAGCUCCCCAAUUUUCUUCCCUGUAGAAUCCUCAAACAAAAGUAACAGAACCAAAAAAAAUGGCGCCAAAGAAGAAGAAGGAAACCUCAGCUUCACCUGCUUCAGAUGGCAUGUUUUCUGGGAUGUUCGUUUUCUUGGUUGAUGCUGCCGUCCAACCUCGCCGACUGCAGAUAUGGAAGCAGAAAUUGGAGCAAAUGGGUGCUAAAGUAGAAGGGUAUUUGUCAAAGAGAGUGACCCAUAUUUUUGCCAUGAAUUGGGAUGCCCUUAAACGCAAAAUUGAUUCUCAACGCUUGUCAACUUUCAAAGGAAAUAUUCUAGUGUAUCAGUGGUUGGAACAUAGUUUAAGUUCAGGAAAAAAGGUAUCAGAGGAUUUCUACCUUCUCAAGGAGGAACCUGUCGAAAAUGUUUCCCAACAACCCUCUGCGGAGGUUUCUGGUCAUGAAAAUGGAAACUCUUCAGGCAGUGAAGAGCCUCAGCAUCAUAAGAAGCUGAGAUCUUCUUCCCCUCAGAAUUCAAAAGAUUCAACCAGAUCUUUUCCUAAAGAUUCAAGAGAGUCAACUGCUGAGAGCAAGGGCACUGCAACGAGUGAUGAUAAAGAAUCAUUUACAUCUAAGAGCUAUGAUGGGUUUUCUAACAACUUGGAUUCACAGACUGCCAAUUCCAAUGUAGCUGAUCUUCCUGAUAACAAAGUUAGCACGUACAACCCACCUGACUUAAACAAGAAUAUCACUGAUAUCUUCAAGAAGCUCAUAGACAUAUAUAGAGCACUAGGUGACGAUCGAAGGUCUUUUAGCUAUUAUAAAGCCAUUCCUGUGAUUGAGAAGUUGCCUUUUAAAAUUGAGAGUGCUGAUCAGGUCAAGGAGUUGCCUAAUAUUGGGAAGUCAUUGCGUGAUCAUAUACAAGAGAUAGUGUCAACUGGAAAAUUGUCAAAGUUAGAGCACUUUGAGAAUGAUGAAAGAGUGAAAACAAUCUCUUUAUUUGGGGAGGUUUGGGGCGUUGGUCCCGCCACUGCUCUAAAACUAUAUGAUAAAGGACACCGUACUUUGGAAGAUUUGAAAACUGAUCCAUCUUUGACCAGACCUCAGAAAUUAGGUUUACAAUAUUUUGAUGAUAUCAAGACAAGAAUUCCACGGCACGAGGUUUCAGAAAUGGAGAAAAUGCUGCAGAAGAUUGGAGAAGAAGUUCUGCCAGGAGUGGUAAUUUUAUGCGGUGGAUCCUAUAGACGUGGAAAAUCUUCAUGUGGGGAUAUGGACAUGGUAAUUACUCAUCCUGAUGGGCAGAGUCACAAAGGCUUUCUAUCAAAGUUUGUCAAGCGUUUGAAGGAUAUGAAUUUUCUUAGAGAGGACUUGGUCAUCAGUUAUCACAGUGAGGAGGGUACUGAUUCCGGAGUAGACACAUAUUUUGGUUUGUGCACUUAUCCUGGCCGAGAGCUACGCCAUCGCAUAGAUUUGAAGGUGUUUCCUAAAAGUAUAUACCCAUUUGGGCUGAUACAUUGGACAGGCAAUGAUACAGUGAAUAGAAGGCUGAGAAUACUGGCAGAAUCGAAAGGGUAUCGACUUGAUGAAACAGGGUUAUUUUUUGCCACUCCAAGUUCAGGCAGCCAUCGAGGUUCAAGAGGAACGGCGAGUUUGCACUUUGAUACAGAAAAGCAGGUGUUUGAAUUCCUAGGUUUUCCCUGGCUGGAACCACAUGAGAGGAACCUUUGAUGUGUGUGUCUGUUGUACUUGUACAUAUGUAAUUUUGUAACCUGGUGAAAUUUGGUAGUUAUGUUAGUUACUUAGUUGUAUCAGCAUCCAAGAUAUGCAAUUAGUUGGUUUGUAAACUAGACUAUGUAUUUACAUUUUGUUAGAAAAAAUGUACAGGAUAUCAAGCUAGUAAAAUUAUGUUUUUGUUUUUCUA